CUACGUAAAAAGUGUAGGGGGCGUGUUUGCGGUCACGUCCAGCGGGUGUGUGGGCGGGAGCGUUACACAGUCGCUCCACCUCAAGUCACUACUGCGCAGACUCUGGCUCCAAAUUUGCAAGAUGGAGGCCUCCACAAGCGGGGUAUUUCAAGAGCGGGUAUUUUGGCUUCAUUUUUGCACAAUGGGAGGAGGCGGUGUCGCGUCGUCCAUGUUUUCUACAGUCAAUGGUUCAAAUCCAUACGACCGGCGCCGAUGUGAAGAUGUUGCUAGGCAACGGUCCGUCGCAUUCUGUUUAGAGGUGGGCGGGGCUUACAGGGAUACUUCAAAGCGGAGACUUCAAGGCGGAGACUUCAAAGCGACUGAUGCUGUGACCUCAUAGAACACACAUCAUAACGCAGCACUCUGAAACGCAUAUAGGCAGGUGUUAGUAGCAGGCACUAUCAUUCAGUCCAGUCAAUGCACCGGAACCAGACACACGAGUUGCGAUACUUGCUGGCAGGUCGCCCAGAUGACUGCACCGUCCAGCUAAUGUGCAACAUAGCCGCUCAGAUGGUGAAGCUCUGCGCGAACUCUGUCAAAACCCCACUGGUGCAAUAUAAAAUCCCACAAGAACGAUGCAUCGACAGCCUCUUCAGCCAACUGGAGGUGCGCAUCGGCUGUCUUGCUUCCGCUGUCUUCAUAGAAUGGGAUCAGAGAGCUGAAGAAGGCUUUAUAAAAGAUCUUUUCCGGGUGUCGUGUGGGAGAUUCGCCCACUGCACGUCCUGCACCCAGCAGGAAAUUCAGGCACAGGAAAUUCAGACAGACAAUUGUUCUGUCCCACAGACAGAACAACCAGACAAAGAUCUGGAGUCCUCGCUGUCUGUGGAACUGUCAAAAAUGCCAAAACUAGAAGAAGCCUCAGAGGUAGAAACAGAGCCUGAAGAAGCAGCUGUGGCCUCUGAGGAGCAGAAACCCUCUGCGUCACCUCGAGGUGAACCAGAGGGAAAAAGGCUCCUCAGCACACUCCUUCAAGCUGUGCUUUCCCAGGCUGCAAAAGAAUCCAAAGCCUGCCCCUUAGACUCCCUCCACCAGCACCUGUUAGAUCAAAUCUGCUCUGAAAUAAAAACAGCAGAUUUGACUUUAUCACCAAAGGCCCUACAAGACCUUGCAAAGGACAUUUUCAAAGACCUCUGCAAGGAAAUUCCAUUGAAUUUAAGAGAGCCGACACUGGACAAACUUUUCAUCUCUGUGUUUAAGAAACACCUGGCAUCUACAGAGAAACUUGUCCGAGAGUCUUCUGAAAUCAAGGCUCAGAAGCAGCUUUCAGUUGAUGUCUGCGUGGAGGAACUUGUCAUGCGUGCUUUCAAAAAAGCACGCGUUUCCUACACAGAUGAUACAAUUUCUGCAAUUAAGAACCGCUUGGUCAAGAAGAUCUGGGCUGAGGUCCAAGAUAUUGAUUUUCAACCUUCCUCGAAGACCUUCAAACCUCACACAAGAAACCUUCUGUGUAACAUCAAGUUUGCAGAAAGCACAAGCACAGACACAGUCGUUCACACUGCUGCAGCUAAGCACAGUAAAAUGUACUCAGACAACAUCAACGCAGCCACUGUGGGCCCAGAUGACUGCACCGUCCAGCUGCUGGGCAACAUGGUCGCUCAGAUGGUGUUUGGCCACGGGAAAGCUAACGGGGAACCUACGUGGGCCCUGCUGCUGACAGCUCUGAUAGCUGAGCUGGGGAUUCUCAUCGCAUCUCUGGACAUGGUGGCUCCUGUUCUGACAAUGUAA